GUGUGCAUGUGAAUCUAUUGGUCGAUUGUGCACAUGCCCAACCGAUGGUUAGCUCAUUUCCUGGGUUUGUGUACAGCUUUUGAGAGCAUUUUUUUAAAAUACUUAAUCCGAUCUGGCAACUGCGCACGUUGCCAUGCGUGCCUCCUCUUUUCUCAAGAAACAGCUCAAGCACGAGCUCCGGCGAGUGUGACCUGCUCCGGGCUACAGCGGCAACCGCAACGGCAGCAGCGGACAAUAUGGAAAAUACACAAGUAAACAAAGUUCACUCCUAGAAAACAGUAAACAACUUCGGGACAUUCAAGUAUGGAUGGUUCUACGAAUAGCCUUGAUGACGUGUCCGGGAGCAGCGCUGAGUACCCGGAUCGCAUGUCCGCAAUGGAGGGCCGUCUGCAGUCGCAGGAGGAUGAGAUCACGCUGCUGAAGUCCUCGCUGGCCGACGCUCUUCGCAGGCUCCACCUUCACGAUCAGCUGAUCCCCCUGCUCAAACAGCAGCUCAUCGCAGUGAACCCUGCGGCGGCCCGGGUCCUCAACCAGGCGUGCGGCUCCGACGGUUCCUCCAAUUCCCGUAAGCUGUCGUCCAGCUCGGCCGGGGACAUCCCCCGCCACCCUGCCACCAGUGUCUCUAGCCAAGUGCUACACAGUGUUGAUGGUGAGAACGGGGUCAAUGGGGACAGUGGAACCCUAGACUCCAUGUUUAAGCCCUCCACGUAUGAUCGGGCCACCCAGACAGAGUCCAACCUGGGGGGGCAGGACCGGGUCCCGCUGGUUCAAACCAGAGCCUUCCAGAGCCUCUCCCUGGCGGAUGCCCUGCCUGAGGCGGACCCGCUGGCAGAGGAUUCCCGGGCCAAGCUCCUCCGUGUCCAGGGACUCGAGGAGGAGGACGAGGAGUUGGGGGACCCUGCGAAGGUGAAGGAGCCGAGCUGGGUGUCUACUGUGGAGGAGCCCAUCCACCCCUCCACCAUCAGGAGCCUCCAGAGGGAGGACCCACAGGAGCAAACCGGCUCCAACGAGAGCCUGAGUUCAGCUCCCCAGACCCCCACCUCGGGUUUAUCUGCUCCCCCUAAAGACCUGUCGUCCAGCACCCGCAGUGGACCCCUCUCCAAGAUACAGGAGGGCGAGAAGAAAUCCCUAGCUCGUAGGAACAGUGAAAAAGCUGCAAAAGACAACCAGGACAAAACCAAGAAGCGGCUGGAGAAAAAGGCAGCUUCCUCUACCAACCUCCUCACCAGAUCCCCAAGUCUAGAGAGCCGAGCCAAGGAUCUCAUCUCCAGCACAGGAUCUUCUGGGUCCCGACGAGGAACUCAAGGUCAGUCCAUCAAGAUGUUCAUCCGGGGUCGACCAAUCACCAUGUACGUCCCUUCCAACAUCCAGAACUACGACGACCUGAAGAUGGAGCCACCAGUAGAGAAACUGGAACUCGACUGGGUCUACGGUUACCGGGGGAGGGACUGCCGGGCGAACCUGUACAUGUUGUCGUCGGGCGAGGCGGUGUACUUCAUCGCCUGCGUGGUGGUGCUGUACCACAUCAACAACCGCACACAGCGUCACUACCGCAAACACACCGACUGCGUCCGCUGUCUGACCAUUCACCCAGACAAGGUGCGGGUGGCAUCGGGACAGACCGCUGGGGUGGACAAGGAUGGAAAGCCCCUGCAGCCUUAUGUCCAUAUCUGGGACUCUUCCACACUGACCACCUUACAGCAGAUAGGACUAGGUACUUUUGAAAGGGGCGUUGGAUCUGUGGCCUUCUCCUUCGCAGACGCUGGCGCCUUUCUCUGUGUGAUAGAUGACUCUAAUGAACACAUGCUGUCUGUUUGGGACUGCGCCAAAGGCACGAAGCAUGCAGAGGUUAAGAGCACCAACGAGGCGGUGUUUGCCGUUGAGUUCAACCCCAGCGACAGCUCCAACAUCAUCACCUGUGGCAAGUCCCAUGUCUACUUCUGGACCCUGAGUGCAGGUUCACUCACCAAGAAACAGGGGAUCUUUGGGAAAUACAAGAAACCCAAGUUCAUCCAGUGCUUUGUGUUCAGCCUGACGGGGGAUGUGCUGACCGGGGACUCGGAGGGAAACAUUUUGACAUGGGGAAAGUCACCCGGCGACGUCAAGACCCUGGGCAAAGGGGCCAAGGAGACGUUUCAGAUCAUGCGCCAGACGCGGGCCCAUGACGGCAGCGUGUUCACUCUCUGCAUGCUGCACGGAGGGGCUCUUCUCAGCGGCGGGGGGAAAGACCGCAAGAUCAUCCGCUGGAGUGCUGACCUGGCGCCGGAGAGAGAGUGUGAGAUUCCCGAAAUGUUUGGUGCUGUUCGCUGCAUUGCAGAUGUAGAUGGAGAAGAGGUGUUGGUUGGCACCACCCGGAAUGCCAUCCUGAGGGGCACUUUCUCUGACGGCUUUGUGGCCAUAUUGCAGGGUCAUGUGGACGAGAUGUGGGGGUUAGCAACACACCCCUCGCAGGACGUCUUCCUGACCUGCGGACACGACCGACUGGUGUGUGUGUGGAACACAGAGGAGCAUAAAUUGGACUGGUGCACCACGCUGGAGGAGUAUGGGCUCUGUGCAGACUUCUGUCCCAAUGGGGAUGUGGUGUCUGUGGGACUCAGCACAGGCAGGUGGCUGGUCCUUGACCUGAAGACAAAAGAGGUGGUCUCAGACUACACCGAUGGGAAUGAACAGCUGUCCGUCAUGAGAUACUCCCCAGAUGGCAGCUUCCUGGCGGUGGGUUCCCAUGACAACUUCAUAUACAUCUACACCGUCACCGAGAGUGGACGGCGCUACUCCCGCUACGGAAAAUGCAAUGGUCACUCCAGCUUCAUCACCCACCUUGAUUGGUCUAAAGAUGGGAAGUACAUAAUGUCCAAUUCGGGUGACUACGAAAUCCUUUACUGGGAUAUUGCCGGAGGUUGCAAACUGUUGAGGAACCGCUACGAGAGCAAAGACAGAGAAUGGGCGUCCUAUACCUGCGUUUUGGGUUUCCACGUCAUGGGGGUGUGGUUAGAGGGUUCAGACGGCACGGACAUCAACGCCCUCUGCCGUUCCCACAGCGAGAGAAUGGUGGCGGUGGCCGAUGACUUCUGUAAAGUCCACCUCUUCCAGUACCCCUGCCCAAAACCCAAGGCCCCUAACCACAGUUACGAGGGCCACGGAAGUCACGUGACCAACGUACGCUUUACACACUGUGAUAGUCACCUGCUCUCAAUGGGUGGCAAGGACACCUGCAUCCUCCAGUGGAGGGUCAAGAGGGGCGGGAUGGGAGACGGCAGUGGAGACCGCCAACACCAUGCAGCUUUGACCUCAACCAGCUCUCUGGAACCGUAAACCGGAAAGUAGAACAAAUGCUAGGAAUACAGCUGCGCGGUGAUCAAGGGGAGGUUUUUUACGGAGAGGGGGGGGGGGGGAGAGAGGGAGAGAGACAGCAAGUGAAAGAGGCAGAUAGAUAAAUGGAGGACAAUCUAGAAAGAGAUUGGUACUGGAUGGCCCUUGUACUGCAUAUAUCAGUGCAAACGUUGUUAGGUCUGCCAAGGACCUGUGGCAUAGUGUUUGAGUCUGGUUCUCACAGUACACAAGGACUGAGCCUGGACUCGGGGCCAAACGCAGCAUAGGUAACGCAGAGCUGUCUCGCACAAUUUGGUUAUGUGUUGUUUUUUUUAUGGUCUGUAUUGAUCUAUGGAUGUCCAUCCUCCAUUUUGGGUGAAAAAUAUCAAAUAUCAAAAACAAUGCUACAAAUUACGAAUAGUUGUUGCUCACGCCAACCGUGUAGUUAAUUCUAGGGUUAACAGGGUUACAGUUGGGGCUUUUCUUUAAAGUUGUCAGGUUAAGGUUGGGAGAAGGGUUAUCUGACAUGCAAAGUAGGUUUGCUCAUUAGCUUAGGCUGUCCGUGUGAAGAUUUGAAAACACCCUCUGGGUUGCUGAAUGUCUACACCAAUCCAGCCCACAGCUCUGUGUUUUUCCUUCCCUAAGUAUCAUUCUAAUUCUAAUUUGAGUGGCAAUACCAAGCGUAACAUGUCAUGCUAAUUUGAGUGGCCCAGAUGUAUGUAUAUGUAGCCAGCCUUAGUGGUUUUAAUUAUACAGGAAUCUUAGUUCAAAUAUGGAGGUUUUUUUUGUUAUUUAGUUUUUUCUUUAACAGAUAUGAGCCACAUGUGAUGUAAUAAUGGAAAUGUAAGAACAUUUGGGCACUGUUUACUUUUCAAAUUCAGUGAAUUUCUGUUGAAUCUUGGUGAAUUUCCUUUUUCUGUGAAUUCCUAGAUGCAAUUGAUGAAGGUCAGACUGCCUUUUUGACUGCUAAUGGGAAUAUUUUUGAGAACAUUCCAAAAAAUAUAUUUUGUUUACUUGUUUGUUUAACAUGCAGUCUUACAGUAAUGGUGUUUUAUGACAAUCGUCUUCUCAGAAAAGUCAAAAUAUACAUAUUUCUGCUCUGUUGCAAUCUCUUUUAAUAUUUACCUGCCUUUGUUCUUCAGACAAACUUAGCAUUUUGAAAUGUAGUGACAAUUUAUCAAGUGCCUUUGAAAUGAAUAACAAAUUACAUUGAAAUUUAACAUAAUACUUUGAGUAUUAGACUUUCAGAAAUGUUUACCUUUACUGUCCAAUGUUUUUAUUUAAAUGUACUUUUUUAUGUGUCAUGGUUUUCAUUGUCUAGAUAUUUAUAUCAAUAAACAAUAAC